AUGGCUUCCUUGCUCGAUUCCGUCACCGUUACCCGCGUGUUUUCUCUUCCCAUCACUUCCUCCAUCUCACCUACUUCAACUGUUCAGUCAGUUUCCGCACGCCGGAUUGUCCCGGAAUUCAGAGGUUUGAAAGCUUCUCGUCGGAGUUUAGUGACUCAGUCAACGAGUCUUGGUACGAAUCUCAGAUCUAGAUUCGCUCGUGGUGGUAAAAUCGUUUGCGAGGCUCAGGACACCACUGCAUCCGCCGCCGUAGAAGUACCGAACCUGUCUGAUUCAGAAUGGCAAACACAGGUUCUCGAGUCAGAUGUACCAGUAUUGGUCGAGUUUUGGGCACCAUGGUGUGGACCUUGUCGCAUGAUUCACCCAAUUGUUGACCAACUAGCCAAGGAUUUUGCAGGGAAAUUCAAAUUCUACAAAAUAAACACCGACGAGAGUCCAAACACAGCCAACCGUUACGGGAUACGAAGCGUUCCUACGGUGAUCAUAUUCAAAGACGGUGAGAAGAAAGACAGUAUCAUUGGAGCUGUUCCUAAAGAGACGUUGGAGAAAACUAUAGAAAGAUUCUUGGUCGAGUAACGAAAAACAAAAAAAAAAACAAAAUUUGACUCUAUCACUCAACCACCAUGUUUUAUGUGUUGUAUAAUUCUUCUUCGUAAGGUCUCUUUUGACUAUUUAUGUUUCUAUGCGUCAACUAUGUCUUGUUUAAAUAUUACAAAGAAUAAAUAACUCCACCGACGCAAUUAACGGAUGUGAAGCACAAACUCCAUGUGCAACCACAUGCCUUUGUUCUUC